AUGAAGACGAUCAAAGAGUUUUUCUUGAGGCACUACUAUUCUCUUUGGUUGUCACCAUCACUAUCACCACCGUCACACAUGGAUCUCAACUACUUAGUAUUCAAUUCGGGAUCAAGCAAGAGGAGGCAGAGCCAAAUGAUGAAUUCUAACGCCGUAAAGAAUCACGGAAACAGCGACGUUGCCACAAAACGAAGGAAGAUCAACGAAGAGGAGGGGAGAGGCGAGUCAUCCUCGAUUUUCUCGUUCGUGUGCGAAAUCUGCAUUGACAUUAAAACCGAAGCGGAAAAUUUCUCUAUAACCGGUUGCAGCCACUCAUAUUGUAUGGAUUACGUGGUGAAGUACGUUGGUUCUAGACUUGACGACAACGUGAUUAAUAUCCGGUGUCCGGUGCCCUGGUGUGGUGGUUUCUUGGAACCCGAGGGUUGCCGCGAGGUUCUGCCAAGGAUGGUUUUGGAUCGGUGGGAGAAGUCAUUAUGUGAAGCUGCUGUUGUUGAGAACGAGAGCGAGAGAUUCAUGUAUUGCCCCUUCAAGGACUGCUCUGCCCUUAUGAUCGUGGAUGAUGAUUCACUGACGGAAUCAAAAUGCCCUAGCUGUAAUAGGCAGAUCUGCGUCACGUGUGAGGCAGUUUGGCAUCAUGGGAUGAUGUGCGAGGAAUUUGGGAGGACAGAGAAUGAAGAUAGAGUGGUGAUGGAGGUAGCGGCCAGGAACCGGUGGAAGAGGUGCCCAAACUGCAGGUUCUUUGUUGAGAAAAAACAUUUCACGUGCGGUAAAAUCCGUUGCAAGUGUGGAUAUUCGUUCUGUUACCACUGUGGAAAGAGUUGGGAUUCCUGUUACCGCUCUAUCUUCUGGGCUUUGGCGGAUGGUACCGUGAACGUAUUUAAAGUGACUCCGCCUAAACCAAAGAAAAAAAAAGUGACUUCGCAUAAAAGGGAGUAG